CAACCUUAAACUGCAACUAAUUCUUCUUCAGACUUACAACCUUAAACUGCAACAAUUCACACCAAAGCUUAUUUAUAAAUACAAGAUAUUCGUCCGUUCUCCUUGUAUCGACCGAACGAACCGUCGUUGUACAAUAACAGUUAUUUGAGGGGUUUUUUUUUACCCUUGCCGUCUUCUGUGCAAUGCUUGAUGAUCUCGAAAUGCCGCGUGUUCUAACCAUCCAAAGUACUGUUGUAUCAGGCUAUGUCGGUAACAAAGUGGCAUUGUUCCCUCUACAGCUCCAUGGGUUUGAGACAAGUGCCAUAAACUCUGUUCAACUCUCAAAUCAUACAGGUUAUCAGUAUUUCAAGGGUCAAGUACUUGGUGCUAAAGAAAUUGAUGAGUUAUAUGAAGGGCUCAAGCUGAACAAAUUAAACAGUUUCUCUUUCAUUCUGACAGGUUACAUGGCCUCAAAGUCUUUUCUGGAAAAAGUGGGUGAAGCAAUAAGAGAAAUGAAACAAGAAAAUCCCAACACAAUAUAUUUGUGUGAUCCUGUCAUGGGUGAUAAUGGAGAAAUGUAUGUUCCUGAAGAAUUGCUCCCUGUCUACCGAGAUAUACUUGUACCACUUUCUGAUAUUACAGUCCCUAACCAAUUCGAAGCUGAGUGUCUUACAGGAAUAAAGAUUAAUAACUUAACAGAUUCCAUUAAAGCUAUAGAAUGUAUUCACAAAUUAGGAGUGCAAACUGUCAUAAUGUCAAGCAGCACGCUGGGUAAAGGAACUAAUACCCUUGUAUGCAUAGCCAGCAGAUACACAGAAUCUGGUGUUGAACGUUACAAAAUUGAAUUUCCACAUAUUGAUGCCAUAUUUGUUGGAACUGGUGACCUUUUCUCUGCAACCAUCUUAAUCUGGUUACAUAAAGACAAGAAUUUAAAAACUGCACUUGAGAAAACAGUGUCAGUGAUACAGUUUGUCAUUCAGAAAACAAUUGCAGCUGCAUCUAAAACCGCACAGGGGCGUUCAGACUCAGCAGCAAAUAUGGAAUUGAAGCUGAUCCAAUGCAAGAAGGAGUUGGAAGACCCCAAAAUUCAGUAUUUCGCUGAGACUUUAUGAUGAAGCCUUCAAGUACCUACUUUGGAAGGUCUACAUCAUCAGCGAACUCAAAAGGACUCUCUUAGUAGCAGUGGAGGUGUUGAGUGUUGUGCCUUGACUGCUGUGAACUUAGUGCACAUGUUGUGGCGAGUACUGCAAAGAAAAUGGUAUCCAUGUGUGAAUAAAGCUGCCUUGAAAUAGAAACUACAUCUGUUGUGCUCCUAGGAAAUUUGGUACCAUCUAAUGAAACAUAUAUGCAUGCAUAUAUAUAUAUAUAUAUAUAUAUAUAUAUAUAUAUAUAUAUAUAUAUAUAUAUAUAUAUAUGUGUGUGUAUAUAUGUAUUGUGAUGUAUGAUUGUUAUAUGUAGUUGAUUUUGUAUUUAUUUUUAUUUUUAUUUUUCAAACUAGUUUGUUAACUUAUUAAGUUCUAUCAACAUUGUUUAGAACUUCUGGGUAUGUUGGGAUAAUGUCUGUGUUACAAUAAGGGGGCCAAGACUUCUAAUGAUAGAUAUAUAUUUAUAUAUACACAUAUAUAUAUAUUUUUUCUCUUCUAAAAUAAGAUUAAAAAAAUGGAAAACAAAAUGGGUUGUAAACAUGGCUAGGAUGAACAAGUUUGUUUUGUUCUGGAAUAAAUGGCAAACUCUGUCUGUAUAUAUUUAUCAAGAAUGAAACUUCCGGACCAAAAUGAAAGGGGUGUGUGAGGGAUAGGGGAUGGGGAUGACAAAUAUAUAAUCUGGUUGACAGACUUUCAAACUGUUUGCUCACCUAAAUUAAUUUAUGCAGCUUAAUUCCUUGCAUGUAUUAUUAUUAUUAUUAUUAUUAUUAUUAUUACAUAUCAAAGUUUACAUUCAUGGAAGACAAAAGUGAUUUGACUGUUGACAGUUUUUUGUUUUUAUACCACACUUGCAGAUUGAUAGGUUCAAACAAUCAAUACAUAUAUUUUACUGCUGUAGAUAUCAUUACUAUUAUUAUUAUUAUUAUUAUUAUUAUGGCAGUGAGCUGACAGAAUUGUUAGCACACCAUAUAAAUUGCUUAACAGCAUUUCUUCUGUCUUUACGUUCUGAGUUCAAAUUCUGCUGAGGUCAACUUUGUUUUUCAUCAUUUUGGGGGUCAAUGAAAUAAGUACCUGUUGUGUACUGGGGGUUCCUUACAAUCAACUUGCCCCUCUCCCAAAAUUUCUGGCCUUGUGCCAAAAUCUGAAACCAUUAUUAUUAUUAUUUUUGUUUUUUGUUUUCCAUUGUUAUUGAAGGCAGCAAACUGGCAGUCAUUAGAACACCAAGAAAAAAGAAAAAAAAUACUCUGUGGAUUUCUUCCAAUACAUUCUGAGUUCAAAUCCUGCCAACGUCAACAUUGGUUUUCAUCCUCCCAGGGUCAAUGAAAUAAUGCACCGGUCAAGUACUGGGGCUUAGACUACCAAGUGUCCCCUCUCCCUGCUCCUCAAAAUUGCUGGCCUUGUGCAUCAAUCAGAAACCAGAGGCAGUGAACUGGGAGAAUUGUUAGAGCAUCAGAUGAAACAACUUGCAGUAUUGCAGUAUUUGUUCCAACUCUUUACAUUCUAAGUUCAAAUUCCACCAAGAUCAACUUUGCUUUCAAUCCCUACAUCCCUAGGGUUAAUCAAAUGCUGGAGAUGAAGAUAUCGGCUAACCCAUCCCAUUAAAUUUACUGGUCUUGUGCCUAAUUAUUAUUAUUAAGGCAAUGAACUGACAGAAUCGUUAGCAUGCAGGGCAAAAUGCUAAGCAGCAUUUUGUUUGUCUUUAUGUUCUGAGUUCAAAUUCUGCUCAGGUUGACUUUGCCUUUCAUCCUUUCAGGGUCAGUAAAAUAAGUACCAGUUAUGCUCUGGGGUUGAUGUAAUCGACUUACAACUUCUCCCACUAUUGCUGGCCUUGUGCCAAAAUUUGAAAUCUUCAUUAAGGCAGUAAGCAAGUCAGUGAGCUAACAGAAUCAUUAACAUGCAGAGCAUAAUACUUAGCAGCAUUACGGUCCAAAUUCCACCAAGGUUGACUUUGCUUUCAUCCUUUCAGGGAUCAAGCAUUGGGGAUCAAUGAAAUUGAUGACCCUUGUCCCCCAAAAUUUCAAGUCUUGUGCCUAUAAUAGAAAGGAUUAUUAAGGCAGUAAACUGGCAGAAUCAUUAGCAUGUUGGACAAAAAUACUUAGCGGCAUUUUGUCCAUCUCUGUUCUGAGUUCAAAUUCCACUGGGGUCAACUUUGCCUUUCAUUCUUUCAGGGUCAAUGAAAUCAGUGCCAGUUGAACACUGGGAUCAAUGUAAUUGAUUGGCCCCUCUGCCCAAAUUUCAGGCAUUGUGCUUAUAGUAGAAAGGAUUAUUAUUAUUAUUAUCAUUAAGGUGGUGAGCUGACAGAAUGGUUGUAUACUGGAUGAAUUGCUUAGUGGUAUUUCGUCCAUCUUUACAGUCUGAGUUCAAAUUCCGCUAGGGUCAAUAAAAUAAGUACCAGUUGCAUACUGGGGUCAAUCUAAUCGACUGGGCCCUCCCCCAAAAUUUCAGGCCUUGUGCCAAUGGUAGAAAGGAUCAUUAUUCAGGCGGUGAGCUGGUGGAAUCGUUAGCACGCUGGACAAAAUACUUAGCAGUAUUUCACCUGUCGCUGCAUUCUGAGUUCAAAUUCCACCAGGGUCGACUUUGCCUUUUAUCCUUUCAAGGUCGAUAAAAUAAGUACCAGUUGAACGCUGGGGGUCGAUGUAAUCAACUCAUCCCCUCCCCCCAAAAUUGCUGCCCCUGUGGCAAAAGUUGAAACCAUUAUUAUUAUUAUUAUUAUUAUUAUUAUUAUUGAAAGCAGUUAAUUUGCCAGAUUUAUUAGUGUUGGAGGAAAUGCUUAAUUCCAGUUCAUUAUACUCUGAGUUGAAAUUGCACCAAAGUUAACUUUGCCCUUUAUCCUUUCAGGGUCUUGGAGACAUUUAAAUUGACCAAUUCCACCCCUACAAAAUUUGUGACCUCAUGCCUAUGUUAGAAACAGUUAUCAUCAUUACAACUUGUGUUUUUUUUGUAAUUUCUAUUUAAUAUUCAUAAUUUAGUUUUCUAAUUUGUUGAGUUCAUUAAUUAUUGCAAGAAUUAAAAUUAUGAAGUAUUUUUGUUAUUGUUGACUUUUAAACCUACUAACAUUGUUUAUUGUAUAUGUUGAUGGUGACGGAUUUAUUGAAUACAGUUUUAUAUGUCUGUCAAA